CCGCCGGCAAACAAGGAGCAGGAGACGGGAGCGGACGAGAAGACGGGCAACUGGAUCUACCCGUCCGAGAAGAUGUUCUUCGACGCCAUGAAGCGCAAGGGCCACGACCCCCAGGCCCCGGACAUGCGCACCAUCGUGCCGAUCCACAACGCCGUCAACGAGCGGGCGUGGGCCGAGAUCAAGGAGUGGGAGCAGCCGCUUUACUUUCUUAGUUGUGACGGCCCGAGGUUGAGCUCGUUUUCCGGUCUGAGCAGCAAGAUGUCGCCUAAAGCAAAGAUCAACACGUGGUUGGGUUACCAGGCACCGUUCGAUCGGCAUGACUGGAUAGUGGACCGUUGUGGUCAAGAGAUAGAGUAUAUAAUCGACUUCUACGCCGGCCGGCCGCGAGGAGACGGCAAGCCUUCGUUCUAUCUGGAUGUGCGGCCGAAGCUGAAUACCUGGGAAGGCGUCAAGAUGCGGGCGUUCAAG